AUGGUUGGGCUCGGAAAGAGGUCGGAAUGUACCGAGCACUGGGGGCGCCACUGCUCAAUCCUCACAGAUCCCCCCGCCUUUGGUCUCGAAACGACCACGACUAAACAUAUCACCAUGAUUCAUCCGCUCGCCAUCCUCUCCGAGGCCGAAACGAACCUCGCUCGGGACGUCGUCAAGGCGGCGCACCCGGACACGGUAAUUGAUUUCCGUGAGAUCUUUCUGCAGGAACCGCCCAAGGCCCAGCUCCUGGAGUUCCUCGCACUCGAACAUGCCGGUCGCUUGAGCCCAACCACACCUCGGCCACCUCGUCUGGCCCUGUGUCAGUACGAUGUGAUCGGAGCAGACCGCAUUCCCCAGUUCCAUGAAUCCGUGGUCGACGUGGUUUCCCGAUCACGCGUGAAGCACACCGUGGUGGGCAAAGAACACCAUGCCAGCUUGACAUUGAGCGAAUUCGACGUGCUAGUGGAGAGCUGCAUGAAGUCACCCUUGUUCCAGGCAGCCCUGGCCGAGUUCAAGCUGCCCGAGGGAUUCGAAGUCGUGAUCGAGCCCUGGCCCUAUGGCGGGUUAGAUCUGACCGAGGAGAACCGUCGGUACUUCCAGGCGCUCUGCUUCGCGCGGGAUACGCGAUCGGGCAACCCCGAUUCCAACUUUUAUUCCUACCCUUUACCCGUGAUCCCCGUCAUGGAUGCACACACGUCAGAAGUCAUCCGAGUGGACAGACCGGCCACGGGUGGUAAGGGUGAUGGCUUGACCGAACAAACCUUCAAGACGGAUAUCAUUGGUCAUUGCAAGCCCUCGGAGUACAUUCCCGAGCUGCUGCCGGAGGGGACUCGCAAAGACUUGAAGCCUUUGAACGUUGUGCAACCCGAGGGCCCAUCAUUCCGGGUGACGAACGAGUCGUUGGUGGAAUGGCAAAAAUGGCGCUUCCGUGUUGCGUUCAAUCCCCGUGAAGGUGCAACGAUCCAUGAUGUUUGGUAUGACGGACGCAGUGUGAUGCAUCGUUUGGCGAUCAGUGAAAUGACCGUUCCAUAUGCCGACCCUCGGCCGCCAUUUCAUCGCAAGCAAGCCUUUGACUUUGGUGACGGUGGUGGUGGAAACAUGGCCAACAAUCUUUCCUUAGGCUGUGACUGUCUCGGCGUGAUCAAGUACUUUGAUGCGGUGAUCACAGGAGCCGACGGUACGGCACAAACAUUGCCCAAUGCCAUCUGCCUCCAUGAGCAAGACAACGGCAUUGGUUGGAAGCACUCUAACUGGCGUACCGGCCGCGCCGUGGUCACUCGUCACCGAGAGCUCGUGGUGCAGUUCAUUAUUACCCUAGCCAACUAUGAGUAUAUUUUUGCCUACAAGUUCGAUCAAUCCGGCGGCAUCACCGUGGAAGCAAGAGCCACCGGUAUUCUGAACGUCGUCAACAUUGAUGCGGGCAAAGUCAGCGACUAUGGUAACGUCGUGAGCGGCGGUGUUCUUGCGCAAAAUCAUCAGCACAUCUUUAAUGUGCGCAUCGAUCCGGCCGUGGAUGGGCCGAACAAUUCCGUCGUGGUUGAGGAGUCUCACCCCGUCCCUAUGAAUGCCGUCACCAACCCGCACGGCAACUUCUACCAAGUCACGAAGCAGACCGUUGAGCGAGCCACGUAUCUUGAUGCCGCACCCGAGCAUAAUCGCACCAUCAAGAUCAUCAACCCGCACAAGACCAAUCGCAUCAGCGGCAACCCGGUCGGCUACAAAUUCACGCCCUUGGCGACGCAGCUCCUGCUCGCGGAUCCCGAGUCCGUUCAAGCCCGCCGCGCUCAAUUUGCUCAACAUCACGUCUGGGUCACCAAGCAUCGGGAUGGGGAGCUCUAUGCCGGUGGGCGCUACACCCUGCAAAGUCAGUUUGAGGUGGAGGGUGUCGCCGAUGCCGUUCGUCGAGGCGACGCGGUGACGGACACGGACGUGGUGGUGUGGAAUUCCUUUGGCAUCACACAUAACCCACGGGUGGAAGAUUGGCCCGUCAUGCCAGUGGAGAUUUUCCAGCUGAUGAUUCGGCCCGCGGACUUCUUCGAGGCCAACCCUUCGAUCGACGUGCCGUCAAGUAAGAACGGCUCUUCCCGGCUGGCGGAUUCGGAAUGUUGCCGUAAGGCGCAUAUUUAG